CCUCUUGCUCAUAGCGAAGAAAAACUUGGCUAUGGCUCGCACCAAGCAGACGGCCCGCAAGUCCACCGGCGGCAAGGCCCCGCGCAAGCAGCUGGCCACCAAGGCUGCCCGCAAGAGCGCCCCGGCCACCGGCGGCGUGAAGAAGCCGCACCGCUACCGGCCCGGCACCGUGGCGCUGCGCGAGAUCCGGCGCUACCAGAAGUCCACCGAGCUGCUGAUCCGCAAGCUGCCGUUCCAGCGCCUGGUGCGCGAGAUCGCGCAGGACUUCAAGACCGACCUGCGCUUCCAGAGCUCGGCCGUGAUGGCGCUGCAGGAGGCCAGCGAGGCCUACCUGGUGGGUCUGUUCGAGGACACCAACCUGUGCAUUCUUUUCAACAUGUCUGGUCGCGGCAAGGGUGGCAAGGGUCUCGGGAAAGGAGGCGCCAAGCGCCACCGCAAGGUCCUGCGCGACAACAUCCAGGGCAUCACCAAGCCCGCCAUCCGCCGCCUGGCCCGGCGUGGCGGCGUCAAGCGCAUCUCCGGCCUCAUCUACGAGGAGACCCGCGGGGUGCUGAAGGUGUUCCUGGAGAACGUGAUCCGCGACGCCGUCACCUACACGGAGCACGCCAAGCGCAAGACCGUCACCGCCAUGGACGUGGUCUACGCGCUCAAGCGCCAGGGCCGCACGCUCUACGGCUUCGGCGGCUGAGCUGCUCGUCUCCUUUAUUUCUUUCUAAAGGCCCUUUUCAGGGCCACCCACUUUAUCAUAAAAGGGCUUGUCUCAUUUCUCAACCCCAAGUUCCCCGCCAGUAAGGUUAAACAUGGCGAUCCCGAGAUUUCCGAGUAAGGGAUGGUGUUGACGGUUUUUUUUUAAUUCGUUAUCAUUAAUAGUGCAAGACUCGAGCCCUGGAUACCUUUGUUACAACCGUACGGUAACUUACUGGGCUGAGGCUCCAAACCCUCCCUUCCUAACUUACCUGCCAGAGUGACAAAUUUCAUUACUAUUUAAGAGAUCACCUGUUCCAUCACUAAGUGCCCCUGCUGCACACUAAACUAGGCUUUAUCCUAUUGUGAUUCAGGCUCUCCCUCCACGUUGAAUUGGAUUCAACUAAUAAAUUACAUAUUUACCUCCAAACUAAGGGACUCAG